GAGUUUACCUGAACGCGUCCAAACGUCUCACACUGGUCUUUGAUGUAAACUUUGCAUUUAGUGUAAAAUAUCUCUAUUUUCUCUCGAAAAAGUCGAUAAAAUCCAUACUCUACACUUUUACCACACCAUUACACCAAUUUACGACAGGAGAUAUCCUGCGACAAACCUAUAAAUCUGUGGAAAAGCGGGAUCCAUCUUACAGUAGGAGCAUCCACCUUAAGGACUUGAUGAUGUCUACUGCAAAGUGUCAAGCGGCUCUGUAUGACCUGCAAUAUGGCGCCGUGAAAAUGGUGACAUCACGUGCACAAGCCCGAGAUGCUCAGGGUCAGGCCUGAACUCCCCCAGAUCCUGCUGUGCUAUUCAAAUCGGAUCAACAGCUCCUUCUCCUUAUUACAAGACGAGACGUCAAACGAGCAGUUCUCCAGUGAUGUUGCAGUGCUCCAAAAGAAUCUCAAAGAUGCCUUGGCCAAAAACCACCACUGGCUGGCUUACGACCAGCAACGGGAAGCCUACGUUCGGACGGUCGUGGACAGAAUGCUGUGGCUGGACAAGCAGCUGGACCAGGCCGUCCGGGCCCAGUUGACGCACCACAAUCAGGAGCAUUCAGAGGCAGAGGAGGAAGUGAGCCACAUGAAGGAGCACUUUGAAAGCCUGCUGGUGAUCGGUCGAGACAACCUGCUGAUGGUCAAGCAGCAGCUCGACGUCACCCUCCACGACCUGGAAAACGCCAAAACGAGGUAUGAGGAAAAGGAGAACGAGGCCACGGAGCUCAAGCGGCAGCUCCAGCGUUGCGCCGAAGAAAAAGAGGAGAUGAUGGCGGAGAUGAAGGCGCUCCGGUGGAAGCUCGACGAGGAGAAGCGGCGCAGCGCCAACACGGAGGUGCAGUCUUCUCUCUUCAAGGAGUUCAUGGUAAAGCGUCAUAAUGCCAGCCAGGACAAGAUCGCAGACCUGGAGCGGAAGGUACACAGUUCCUUCCAGGACCUCGAAGAUGAAAUGAAGAACUGUUCGUAUUUGAAGAACCAGCUGGUCAGAGUUCUCAACCUGCUGCGACGAAGCGACGACCGGCUGGCGUUCUACGAAAAGAAAAAGCAACACGGGGAAGAGAGCAAGAUGGAGGAGGAGGAGGACGAGCCCAUCUAUGAAGAAAUGAGACCCCGCUGGACGUCGUCGCCCAACGACAGCAUCCUGGAUAGAAGCUCCCUGGAGUGCCCCCGUUGUCAGAUCCAGUGUCCCAUCGGUCAGUACCGGCAGAUGAUGGACCACCUGGAAGUCUGCCUGAUCUGAGCCGAGCCUCAAAGAAGCUGCCUGCCGUUUUUCCAGCUCUCCACGUUGUGAGUUGUUCCCCUCGCACGAGUCGUUCGUGUUUGAAGACGCACGCGCGAGCUUCUCUUGUGUUACGCUUGUGCGCUUUAGUUGUCAUUUCGAAAAUGAAUAAAUGAAUUUGUGGGACACUUUAA